AAACUAUACAUAAAAAACGGUGUCGUAGUAACGACUUCUCCUCUUUUUUGCAACAUGGCCUCGUUGGAUACAUAAAAAGCGUUACAGGCACGUCUGAGUCAGAGCGAGAGUUCAAAUCCACAUGCGACGUCGUAAUGGCUGGAGUAGCCGUCUCUCCCGCUUCUCUGCUCGACGUCAUCGCUGAGAUCGCAGAGAUUUCGGCAAACACUGGGGUGUUUAAGAAGGACUGCGCCGAUCUCGCGAGGAGAGUUUGUCUCUUGACGCAUUUGGUUGAGGAGAUUCGGGAUUCUCCGCAGACGCCGACGGAGGAGGAAUCUGAUGCUUCGUCUUCUUUGGUUUCUUGUGAAUGUGAUUGGUGGUCUGAUCUUGUGGUGGGGCUUCAAGCCGCGAAGCGUCUUUUAUCCGCAGCAACUUGUUUCCAGGCUCGCGAAUCAUCUGAGGGUGCUGCGAAGAGAAUAUCAUUCCAGUUCCAAUGUGUUACAUGGAAGCUAGAGAAAGCAUUAGGAAACUUGCCUUAUGACCGUUAUGACAUCUCUGACGAAGUCCGCGAACAUGUGGAACUAGCAAGAUUGCAGCUGAGAAGAGCAAUGCAGAGAUACGGAUCUCUGAACUCAAAGAAAUUCUCCACUGCUCUAGCCGAGCCAAUGGAGAAAGAUUCAUCGAGCAAAGUCACUGAGAAGUUGGAGUGUAUUCCAGAAACAAUACACUCCAACAUCCCUUCAUCAGAUGAAAAGAAGUUAGAAUCACCACCGCGAAGGAAGAGCUCUUCAGCUUCCUUAGCUUUCUUCUUAUCAAAAGACGCUGAUAUCGAGAGGUUAGAGAAAGUAAUCACAAAGACCAAUGAUGAUAACUCGAAAAAAUCAGACAACCUGACGAUCCCUGAGGAUUUUCUUUGUCCAAUCUCUCUGGAGCUGAUGAAGGAUCCUGUCAUUGUCUCCACAGGACAGACAUACGAGAGGUCUUACAUACAAAGAUGGAUAGACUGCGGGAACCUGAGAUGCCCCAAGACUCAGCAGAAACUCGGAAACUUUGCUCUCACUCCGAACUACGUCCUCAGAAGCCUCAUCUCUCAGUGGUGCACUAAACACAACAUCGAGCAGCCAGGUGGCUACACCAAAAACUGUGAAGGCGAAGUGUCAGCAAUACGAGCAUUGGUUCGGAAGCUCUCGACACGGUCCCUACAAGACCGAAGGACCGCGCUUUCUGAGAUCCGGUCUCUGUCAAAACGGAGCUCGGACAACAGAAUCCUCAUUGCUGAAGCUGGAGCCAUCCCUGUUUUAGUGAAACUUCUGACGUCAGAAGACGUCGAGACGCAGGAGAAGGCUGUCACUUGCGUUCUUAACCUCUCGAUUUACGAGAGCAACAAGGAGCUGAUCAUGCUGGCAGGUGCGGUCACGUCUAUAGUGCAAGUCCUGAGAGCUGGAACCGAGGAAGCUAAAGAAAACGCUGCGGCUACACUCUUUAGCCUCUCGAUGGCUGAUGAGAACAAGAUUAUCAUUGGUGCAUCUGGUGCGAUACCUGCUUUAGUGAAUCUCCUUGAGAACGGUAGCGUGAGAGGGAAGAAAGACGCCGCGACUGCUCUGUUCAACUUGUGUAUAUACGAAGGGAACAAAGGAAGAGCGGUUAGAGCCGGUGUUGUGAACCCGUUGGUGAAAAUGCUGAGUGAUACCUCGAGUCACAGGAUGGUCACCGAAGCUUUGACUAUACUCUCGGUUCUAGCCGGUAACAAAGACGCUAAAACCGCGAUUUUGAGAGCCAAUGCGGUACCAACUUUGAUAGCGUUGCUACAGAAGGAUCAGCCUAGGAACCGGGAGAACGCGGCGGCGAUAUUGUUUGCUAUUUGCAAGAGAGAUAAGGAGAAGCUGAUCUUGAUUGGUAAACUUGGAGCUGUUGUUCCGUUGAUGGAACUAUCGAGAGAUGGUACGGAGAGAGCUAAGAGGAAAGCUAAUUCUUUGCUUGAGCUGCUCCGCAAUUCAUCUCAAAAAUUAUGCUAAAUAGCUCUUUAAUGAAUAAAAAAGAUUUGAAAAUUAACUUCAUUACCAGAGAAAGCUCUCUGGUUUAAUUUUUAGUUUAAUUUGGUUGGAUGUUUAUGUUCUGUGAUGAUUUUUGAGUUUUGUUUGAACACUAAUAUUAUUUGUGAAGGUGGUAUAGUCAAAAGAGUAGCGAGAAUCGAUCUCUUUUACUCACCUUUUCUAUUUA